AUGGGUAGAUACAGUGUCAAGAGGUAUAAAACAAAGCGGAGGACAAGAGAUUUGGAUCUCAUAUACGAUGACCUAUCCACAACAGAAUCGAUAAAUAAGCUCAAGAAUCAGCCAUUGGAUGAAUACAAGCCCGGGUUGGGCCAAUACUACUGUGUCGAGUGCGCCAAAUACUUCGAGAACCAAAUAAGUCUCGACCGUCAUCAAAAGUCAAAGAUCCAUAAAAGACGAGUCAAGAUCUUGAAAGAGCGGCCCUAUACACCUUUGGAAGCCGAGGCAGCUGGUGGCGUCAACAUGAUCAAGUUUAUGGAAUCGGUAGAGAAGUACAAGCAAUUGGAACAGUUCAAGGCUGAAAAUAAGGAGGAGUACGAGAAAGUCAAUAACCAGAAGAAGGAUACUCUUGACGCAUUAAUCACGGGGGUGCCGUCGGAAGAGUUUCAGAAACAGCAAGCAGCCGAAGCAGACCCGCAAGCGGCACAGCAGGAAAUUGAAAUGGCAGAGUGA